AGCCGUCUCGCAUCGAAACGCACAAUAUUUUACCUCCGAUGGUGACUAGCUGGUGACUAGUGGCUAACUGUCAGUCAACCAUUCAAAGACUCGUGUCAUUACGUGCAAGUUACACAUCUCUGGUGGUCUGGUCAUGGCCCGUUGUCGCUGGUUGAGUUCACAAAAAUUAAAACCGGUGGUUCCUAGAUUUUUUAACACAGUCAACGCCGUGAUGGUCACCGGUGACCGACGUUAGCGGAGGAUUUGCCUUCAACAGUUUUCUAUUGGCAGUCAAAGACUUAAAGAAACCUUCGGAUGCACCUAAAGGGUUACUUACAGCUAUGAAAACACUACAUUGCUUAGUAAUUUCUUUAUACAUAGUCCAUGGAAAACUUCCCAAUGAUGAGAAGAAGGAAUUGUGUAAGAAUUUGGAAUGUGAUGAGACGGAGGACGCUAAAGUGUGCGGCAUUAGGUAUGAAGAAGAUGCAAUAAGACUCAGAUUGUUUGAUAAUGAAUGUAAACUGAUUAAGUUUGGGUGCCAAGUUGAUAACAGCAAAACAUUCGGCUUAAUAAGUAUGAAAUACUGUAACUCGACAGAAAAUGAGAACAGUAUUUACCAAAUCGAUUCUGUGAAGGAGUGCCCUGAUUGUUCAGUAUUUCCCAGAGAGCCGGUAUGUGGCAUCCGACCCGAUGGUAAAGGAUUCAGAGUCAGAACAUUCGAGAGCAAAUGUGAACUCAUAAAGUACAAUUGUGAUGUCGGAGGAAAUUUUACUAUUACUGAUUACUUUAUUUGUUCAAACAAUCCGAACGCAGUAGCAAAUGAAGGAACAAAUAAUGAAGAUAAAGAUUCUGCGAAUAUAACAGAUAUUGAUGAUUACCUAAAGAAUAAUAGCAAUAUUCUUGAUAAUAUCAUAGUAGUACAUAAACCUAUGUCACAAGGUAUGGACAUUAAUAAAAGUGUUGCAGAUUUCUUUGCGUCUACUCAUAAAUCUGGUAUACCACUAAGGAGGGUGAAUCUAAAAUUCGACGAGAGUGCAAGGAAGAAGAUGAUAAAAAACGCCGGUGCAGCCGUGGUGUUCAGGUCUAAGUACUAUAAACCAGACAAAGUCGAAGAAGGGUGGUGGUACAUGCCCACAUUGAGGAGCUGUUAUCAUAGAUGUCCAACGAAAUGUCCGGAGACUUACAUGCCGGUGUGUGGAUCAAUCACGCAGAAGGCCAGGGAGCCUGCCAUCAUGUUCCAGAACCACUGCUUCAUGGACGCAGCUCAAUGCAAGUGGUACUACGAAGACCCGGAGCGGGGCAAUGCCAGUUCAGGAUACGUGGCGUCCGCGGUCAUUUUCUGUAUGGGUGAGCGGGCCAUCGUCAUCCAGUUCGUGCCACUCAUCAAAACCCUGCAGUACUUGGGCAGGCUCAAGAAAAGCAAGACCUUCAGGCACCGCAUCAGAAACUUUGGCCACCUCGGUGAACUUAAAUUUAUGGGAUAAAUAAUAAAUAGAUUUUAUAUUA